AUGUCGAUAGAGCAAAAGGAUAUCUCGGUCGAGAAUAAAGAUGAUCACAAAACCUCCGUAGAGGAGCCGGGGGUCGGCGAUGUGGACGACGUUGUGCUCGAUCCGAAAAAGGAGAAGAAACUCCUGAUGAAACUGGACCUAGCCUUUAUUCCCAUUAUUAUGGUGACAUAUCUGUCAUGCUUCUUGGAUCGCACAAACAUCGGUAAUGUCAAAGUCGCGGGGAUGCCGGAGGAUAUCGGGGCCUCCGAGACUCAGUUUUCGACCGCCGUGUCCAUCUUCUACGUGACUUAUGUCCUGCUAGAAUCACCAUGGGCGGUACUGAUGAAAAAGCUUACACCCCGCAAUAUCCUAACUGGGCUAUGCAUCGUCUGGUCGCUAGCGACAAUCUUUACGGGGUUCGUGGAGAACGUCGCUGCACUGUACGCUACACGAUUGAUUCUGGGUGCUUGCGAGGCCGGGCUUUUCCCAUGUCUGAAUCUGUACCUGGCGAUGGUCUACCGGCGGGAAGAGCAGGCGAAGCGUGUCUCCUACCUUUUCAGCUCCGCAGCUAUCUCUGGCGCCGUGGGAGGUUUGCUGGCAUACGCACUACUACAUAUGGACGGGCUAGGAGGAAAGGCCGGAUGGAGAUGGGUCUACAUCAUCGAAGGCCUCUUCAGCAUUGUCUGCGCCGUCCUUAUCUGGUUCGGCCUCCCCAACGAUCCCGCAGAAUCAUACUUCCUGACUGCGGAAGAGAAAUGGAUGAUGCGCGUGCGUAACGAACAACGCCGCAAAUACAUGGGCAGCGACAAGUUCAGCUGGGAGGAAAUGCGGAUCGCACUGCGCGAUCCCAAACUGGCGUUGAGCGCCGCCACGCAGUUCUGUCAGGACAUCCUGCUCUACGGAUUCAGCACCUUCUUGCCAACAAUUCUGCAAGACAUCGGAUACAACUCACUGAUGAGCAAUGUGUUGACCGUGCCAGUCUAUAUCUGGGCCGCAGUCGUGUUUGUUGCGGUGGCGUAUUGUGCGGAUCGGUUUUCGCGCUUUGCCUCCUAUAUCCUAAUCGCCAACAUCUUCGGAAUAAUAGGCUACAUCCUCCUCCUUGCCGUGUCGAACGAUCCCGUCCGGUAUUUCGCCACCUACCUCUGCGCAAUCGCCAGUUACACCUGCGUCGGACUAAACGUCGCCUGGCUGAACGUCAAUUUCGCACCACAAUACCGUCGAGCCCUGGCAGUCGGCGUCCAACAGACCAUCGGAAACUGCGCGGGCAUCGUCGCAGGACAGAUCUACCGCAAAUCACCCUAUGUGCUGGGCAACUCCUUUUCCUUGGGAUCGAUAUGCGUGGCGCAGAUCCUGGUGUUCGUACAUGCGAUGUACCUGAAGAGGGAGAACGCCGAGAAGGAGAGGAUCAUCGACGGGAAAGAGGAUACGCGGAGGGUCAAGACCGGUGACGCGGAAGUGGAGUUCAAGUAUCAUUACUAG